AUCCGCACUUAGGAACAUGUUGCAGUUUUGCUAUAUCACCUAUAAAAGCGACAUGACGCUAUUCCAUAUCUAGAUCUAGACAGAAAGACUGGAAUAAACUUAUGGUUUGGGGAAAAUAUAUAGCCUAAUAUUUUGUAAUAUUUAUUUAUAAUGACGACACGGAAGAGAAAGAAUUUAUCAUUACCUCAAUCAGAAUCUGCAGAUGGUGAACCUCCCAAGAGACUCAUACAGAGUCAGUCUGACACGAACACUGCGGAUCAUCAUCAUCAUCUCAGCCCUUAUUUCUCAAUGAAAGUCCCCGUCAGACUGAGUCACAGCUUCUUCCACCAGCCCUGCGUUGAUCUGGCGAAGGCCUUUCUCGGCAAGGUGUUGGUGAGGAAGCUAACUGAUGGCACUGAGCUCAGAGCAAGGGUUGUGGAAACCGAAGCAUAUUUGGGUGGGGAGGACAAGGCGUCCCACUCAGCGGGGGGAAAACGCACAGAGAGGAACACUGCAAUGUUCAUGAAGCCUGGGACCAUCUAUGUCUAUCCCAUCUACGGCAUCUACCUCUGCAUGAACGUCUCCAGCCAAGGGGAGGGAGCGGCCGUGCUUUUGCGCUCGCUGGAGCCUUUGAGCGGUCAGGACGUCAUGAGGGGCCUGCGAGCAGCCAAACGCAAGGCUGGAGCCAAAACCCUUCAGGACAAAGAGCUCUGCAAUGGCCCGUCCAAGUUGUGCCAAGCGUUAGAUAUACAGCGCUGCUUCGAUCGCAGGGAUCUGGCCACUGAUACCGAGGUGUGGCUUGAGAGGGACCCAGAGCGAGAGACUGUUCCCGCUGGAGAGGUGGUGUCGGCCCAUCGGAUCGGAGUUGAGUCUCAUGGGGAAUGGGCAACCAAACCGCUUCGCUUCUACCUGAGAGGACACCCAUGUGUGAGCGUCCUGAACAGAGAUGCAGACCGUCAGAUGCGUUCACAAUCCUCCACUGAUCCACUGACAGUUUCCUGAAAGAUCUUCAUGUUAUUCGGUCUCUUUAAAGAGAUUGUCAUCAUUUACUCACUCUCAUGUUGUUCUAAACUUGUAUAUUUUUUUGUUAUUUUGGAGAACAGAAAAGGAGAAGUUUAGCAGAA